UUCCAACAGAGACAGGAAAACGGAAAAGAAAGAAAAGGGAAAAAUAGAAAGAAAGCUCAGUCUUUGGGAGCACACUCAAGACAAGAAAAAAAACCCAAACCCUCUGCAUUUUUUCCAUGGCCAAGACCAGACCUGGCAAGCGAGACUUGGACUCUUUCACCAUCAAGGGCUCUAAUAAAGUUGUUCGAGCUGGUGACUGUGUCUUGCUGCGUCCCCCAGAAAAUGGUAAGGCUCCUUAUGUGGCCCGGGUUGAGAAAAUUGAGGCUGAUACCCGCAACAAUCACAAGGUUAAGGUGCGGUGGUACUAUAGGCCAGAGGAGUCACUUGGAGGGCGAAGACAGUUCCAUGGGUCCAAGGAGUUGUUCCUUUCAGACCACUAUGAUGUUCAGAGUGCACACACAAUAGAAGGAAAGUGUGUUGUUCACUCUUUCAAGAAUUAUACCAAGCUUGAAAGUGUAGGACUAGAGGAUUACUUUUGCAGAUUCGAAUACAAAGCCACUACUGGAGCUUUUGUUCCAGAUCGUGUUGCAGUAUACUGCAAAUGUGAGAUGCCAUACAAUCCUGAUGAUCUGAUGAUACAAUGUGAGGGAUGUCGAGACUGGUUCCAUCCAGCUUGUUUGGGGAUGACUAUAGAACAGGCAAAGCUUUUGGAUUUGUUUGUCUGUACUGAUUGUGGAUCUCCUGAUGUAAACAAGCCUCAGGGGGCAUCAACUGCUUCCCCGAUACCGAGUGUUAAGACGGAAGCAAAGCGGCUGAAGAAGGAUGCUGCCUAGCUGGAAGAGCAACAAUGCUGGUGAAGAGAUGGAUGGAGUUGUCGUCCAUUCUGGUGCUGUUUGUGUCUUCUUGUACAUUGCUGAAGAUUAGGACUGUUGGUUUCUUUGUACUGCCUCUGGAAUUCAUGUCCUUGGACUCCAGAGACGGGGUAGUUGUAGUUUGUGUAGUGCAUAGAUUUGAAAAACAAACUGUAGGUGCCUUGUAAUUGUGGAUUUUAAUCUCGUGUGUUUAUGAAAUAACGAGGAUUUGGAGUUACAUAUUUGUGGCCUUGCUGAAAAUGCCAAGGUCUGUGUAUUAAUUUUAGCUUUUUAAUUGAAGUUAUGUGACCAUCAUUAGCCA